AUGGAGGCACGUAUCGAAUCGGCCCGUAAAGCCUCGGAAAUUCACAAAAAACGGACAGGAAAAGCCUUACGCAUCACUCCGGAAGACGUUAGAAACGAAGAAAUGUACCAGGAAGUUGAUAACGAAGAACAAGAAAAGUUGGAACAGUUUCAUCGAGAGAGUGACGCGUCAAAGGUUGAAUUGUUGUCACAAACGAUGAGGAUCCUUGAUAAUACGCACGGGCGAUAUUGUUGUGUUUCCCAAAUUUCCGUCGAAACGAUCGCGACUAUUUCCAGUACAAAAGUUUCUCCCGUCAAUUCUCAUUCCUUGACAGAAUUUACCUUUGCAGGUCACGGCUGCAUCUCUUUGAACCGAGAGUUCUCAUGCUUCGAGCAGCAUGUGCCCCAAAAUGUGAUCGGUCGUACCUGGCGAGAUCGACAAGGAUUCGUCUUUAACAGAAAUCCGACCGUUAAGAAUCUCACAAUCCACGAUCCAUCGUCAUCAACUAUCCUAUGA